AUGGCCGGAUUCGUUGGAUGGUAUAUCCUAGUUUUGUUCCUAUUUUUGAAAAAGUCCCAAGUUGUUCUCGCUGCUGGGAAUGGCUCGGUGGUAGUGACCUUCCAUAAUAUCCACGAGAUUCUCAAUUCCAAUGAACUUGUGUUACUCAGCUUUUACACAAACUGGUGUCGUUUUAGCCAGCUUUUGCAGCCAAUUUUCGAGGCGGCAGCCAGGGAGGUACAUCGUAAGUUCCCUGAGCCAGGUCGAGUGGUUUUCGGCCGGGUUGAAUGCGAGGAGGAAGAAGAUGUGUCCAACAUGUUCGACAUUACCAAGUACCCCACACUAAAGGUGGCCAGGCAUGGCUUUGUUUCCAAUAAGGAAUACCGGGGCCAGCGCUCCGUAGAAGCCUUCGUCCAAUAUGUAGAAAAGGAGCUGUCGGAUCCGAUCAAGGAAUUCACUUCGAUUCCGGAGCUGAAUAGUGCCGAGGGAGGCGAAGGUCUGGUGGUUGGAUACUUCGAAAACAAGCUCCAUCCGGAGUAUGACAAUUUUCGCAAAGCAGCAAGCCUUCUGCGCUACGAUUGCAAAUACGUGGUGGGCUUCGGUAACAUCACUGAAAAUUUACGACCACCUAAGCAAAACCUUAUAAUUUUCCGCGCUGACGCUUCCACAGCCAACCACAGGGAGUACUACAGUGAGUACUCGGGAAACAUGAACGACUUCAGAGAUCUAGUACACUGGAUUAGAGAAAAGUGUAAGCCUCUGGUAAGGGAGCUGACAUUCGACAACGCAGAGGAAUUCUCCGAGGAGGGACUUCCCUUUGUGAUUCUGUUCUACAACGAGGAUGAUACGGGACCCAUCCAGGAGUUCAAGGCCGUUGUUCAUAAAGUCCUGGCGGACGAGAAAAGGGUCAACUUCCUAAGCGCGAAUGGAAAGCUCUUUAUUCACCCGCUCUAUCACAUUGACAAGACCCUGGAGGAUCUGCCCCUGAUCGCCAUAGAUUCCUUCCGGCACAUGUACAGCUUUCCGCGUUUCGAGGACAUCCACCAGCCAGGAAAGCUGCAACAGUUUAUUAAUGAUUUGUUUAGCGGAAAAUUGCACAUCGACUUUCAUAGAGCUUUUGAGGAAAAUGAAGUGAAAAAUAUAGAUCCAGAAGACUUUCCACCUGUGCCCCACGAAUCGAAAUUUAAGGAACUGUUGCCUUCAAAGCAUCGUUAUACUCUAAUCAAUAGAUCCCGGGAUGAGUUAUAAACAAAAAUUAAAUACUAAAGAUUUUUAUGAGUUAACACUUACUGAAACUUUCAUCUAUAUUUUCGAAUAAAUUGAAUAAAAUUUUCUUUACUUCCAA